UAAAAUAUGUGUGCAGUACAAUGUGUAAAUGUAACCAUAGCAACCGCCUGUCAUAAUGUAUUGACUAUUGUACAUGAUUAAGGUUUAAAGGGAUGAUAACAAUAUUAAAUAUCACUGCAACUUCACUCAGGACCUAGCUAGCAAGUAGCAGAAAGACUAUUUUGACACAAAUUUAUGAUUAUGGUGACUUUAGACCAAUUCUGGAAGUUUUUAAAAACUGUUAGAAAAAAGAGCUUUUCAGAGCUAGUAUUGUGUUUAUUUCUAUUGGUUUUGAUAUGUGUAUACUAUUGUGUCGAUGUUUUUUACAUAUUACCGUGUAUGUAUCGGUUACCGUCAGUUUUGUAUUUAACACACCUGCUGUCUUUGACAUUUGUGGUUUUCAAUCUGCUUACAAAUUUUUUAGCCAUAAUGUAUGCCGAUUCAUCAGUUAUUGGCAGAUUACUUACUACGUCUGAGUUCACAUCAAAAGAAGAUAUUACAUACUGUUAUACUUGCCAGUGUAAUGUUCCUCUAAGAUGUUGGCACUGUGACAUAUGCAAUGUCUGCAUAUUGACUAGAGAUCAUCAUUGCACUUUUAGUACGACGUGUGUUGGUCAUUAUAAUAGAAGAUACUUCUUGUGGUUUUUGCUAUAUUUGUCUGUAGCCAGCUUUUAUGAGAUAAUUUUGAUAAUUUAUUACAUAUACUAUAAAGUGACUAUUAAAUUUUCAGAUUUGAUGGUUUUAGUGCCAUUUCAAUCGGUUUUAACUGGCUUUCAUUUAACCGUAGGUCAAAUUUUUGUAGUUUUAUUAACAUUGAUUUUUAUAGCUGUAACAAUAUCUUCAUUGUUGUUAAUUUAUCACCUAGAUAAGGUACGCAAAGGUCUGGUAUGUCAUGAAAAACAAGAGAAUAAUUAUGAUUUUGGCUUGAUGCGAAAUUUGGAAACUGUUUUUGGGGAAAAAUGGUAUAUAACAUGGAUUUCCCCAUUCAUCAAAUCUAAAUUACCCUACAAUGGAAUUGACUGGCAAAGUCAUGUUAAUCAAUAUAAAACAAAAUAAAUUAAUUUUUAUUGAUAUCAUUAAAAAAAAAAUCAAAAAUUUAAAACUAUCUGUGAUAUACAAGUCAAGGUUAUAGUGUAGAUUUAUAUUUUAGUUGUAAUAGAUGAUAAAAUUAUGUAUGCAUUUAAAAAAUCAAAUGAUUUCUGUAUAAUUUAAUAACCUUAUAAAUAUGAAAUAGGUAUGAGCAAAUUUAUUUACUGUGUUGUAACUGCAAAUAUAUUGUUUAACUAUUUAUAAUCAAGUUUAGUUUAUAUUUAAUUCACUCCUCAUCUAUUAUUGACCGCAAUAAAUUAAUAAUUAAAUUUGUGCAUUUAAAUGCAAUCAUUUUAGUUAUUUUUGAAAUAUCAUGAACCAAUAAGGAUGAUUAAAGGAAAGGUGUUAAAAGAUUUAAGUAAAAUAAAUACAGCUAAACAUAUGCAU